AUGGAUUUUAAAAUGAACUCAAACCAAACUCUGACACUGGACAUAAUUCCUGUUUGCUAUGAAUUUUUAAACAAUUCUUGUGUAAAAUUCACAUACCCUCUUUUUAUCAGAGUGUCAAUUUACAUGUUUUUCAGCUUGGUGGUGAUUUUGACAGUAUUUGGAAACUUUUUUGUCAUCUUGAGCAUCGUUCAUUUUAAACAGCUCCACAUACCAACAAAUUAUCUUGUCCUGUCUCUGGCUGUAACAGAUCUGUUGUUAGGAGGAUUUGUUAUGCCUCCAAGCAUAAUCCGAUCUGUAGAAACUUGCUGGUAUUUGGGGACAUUAUUCUGUAAAAUUCACUUUAGUGUUAGUAUCACAUUGUGUACUGCAUCCAUUAUAAACCUGUGCUUUAUAGCUGUAGAUCGAUAUAUUGCUGUGUGUCAGCCCUUGUUAUAUCGGACCAUAAUUACACCUUACAUCACAUUGGUUAUGAUUUCUAUUUGCUGGAGUGUUUCAUUUACUGUUGGAUUUGGAGUAAUAUUUCUUGGUCUUAACAUGCUGGGUAUUGAGGAUUUUAAUAACAAAAAUGUUGCCUGUGAAGGUGGUUGUGUUAUGUUCCAAAGUCCUGCCUCCAGCACAACUUCCUCUUUGCUCUCCUUUUAUUUCCCAGGUAUCAUCAUGCUCAGCAUUUAUACUAAAAUAUUUCGAGUUGCCCAAAAACAAGCCAAACUAAUUCAUGACUCAAAAAAUAAAACACAGUCGAUGAUAAGCAAAGAGGAGAAAAAGGCAACAAAAACUCUGGCGGUGGUUUUGGGAGUGUUUCUCUCACUUUGGACUCCAUUCUUUUUUUGCAAUAUCAUUGAUCCAUUUAUUGGUUAUUUGAUUUCUCCUACAUUGUUUGAUAUGCUGGUUUGGAUUGGAUAUUUAAAUUCUACCUGUAAUCCCAUGGUAUAUGCUUUUUUCUACAAGUGGUUUAGAAAAGCACUGAAGACUGUUUUAUCUGGGAAAAUAUUUCAGUCAGGUUCUUCAAGGAUGAAUCUAUUUUCACACUGA